AUGGGCUAUGACAUUCCCCCAAAUAAAUGUGCAAGUAAAAUAGAUUCCUUAAAAAGGAGAUAUAGAAAAAUUAUAGAUCACAAUAAACAGUCUGGAAAUGAUUUCAUGACAUUCAAAUAUUUUGAUGAACUUGACACCAUAUUUCGUAAGCAAUCAUGGGUGAAUCCUGUUGCGAUUGCAAGUAACGAGUUGCAAGGCAAGAGUUUUGAAAAUAGUGACGACAGAGAUGACUAUCAAGAAAACGUUUCGCUAAAUACCGAUAAAAGAGCAGUCAAAAGAACUCGGACCGAAGUUCUGCAGGAAAUUUUAGAAGAGAAAAGGCUUCGCAGAAAAUCUUCGGAAGCAUACCAGAAGUCAAAAUUAAGCCUGCUGCACAAGUUGAUGAACCAUAUUUCGGAAAAGAAAUAA